UGUUUUGGGUGGAUGAGCGUGCUGACAGCAAGUCCCCUUCGAGUCGUCGGCAUUUCCUGCGCUAUUACACACAGACCUUUACGCAUCUUCUAACGACCAACAUUGAAAAAACCCUUUCCUUACUGUAUUCCUGCCUAUGGCCAUGCACAGUACACCGCUGCUCACGACAUUGAUCCCAUGGUCAUCGUCCCAUCUCCCAUUGCGAGACCACUCAUUCGACCAAGUAGCUAUGCAAAAUAGAUGCACUGCGCUUCGUGAUUUACGAGUCACGCUGGAAUCCGAUCCAUCUAAUGUAGAAGCAAAUCUCGCAAUGACAUUGGUCCUCUGUUCGAUCGAGAGUAUCAUGGCCGACAAUGGAGAUGCAUGGUACCUCCAUCUCGUCGGCGCCGCAGGGGUGAUAUCAUCACAGUUAGCCGUUGAGGAUGGUUCCAAUGUGAGUUCCGUAGAUCGGAUAUUACAAAAGUUCGAAGACGCCCAUGCCGGCCGCUGGUUACUGCGCAACUUUGCAUACCGCGACAUCAUGAUGGCAGUCGCACGCGACCGAGCACCAUUAUUGGAAUCACACCAAUUCCUUCGACUAGAUGAAACACAGAUGCCUGACUCACAUUUUGGCCUCGCAUCCGAGAUCCUUGAGAUUCUCUUUCAUACAGCCACGCUGAACCAGGAAGUGAAGGCGUCUAACGAGCCAGCAUCUCUUGACUGUGAUAACGACGACGGUAUCGCGUCUGUCAAUACAGUAGGAUCAGCUCAAAGACCUGAAUUCUUAGAAAGAUUGCUUUCCCUCGAAACUCGGCUGAAAGACUGGACAUGCCCCCCAUCACCCGAUCCUUCCCUGCGCCAACUCGCCGAAUCCUACCACAGUUCCGCCCUAAUAUACCUUUACCGAGUGAUGCGACGAGCUUUCCCCAUGCAAAGGGACGAACUGUCGUCCAAGGCUACUACACAGGUAGCAUCCGUUGUGGACAGCAUUUCGCAAAUACCAAUGCGAAGCUUACCAGAAUGCACAUUACUUUUCCCGCUCUUCUUCGCGGGGGGCGAAGCUACAGCUGAAUCACAUAUGGAAAGUAUCCGGCAUAGAAUGCUUGACAUUAUUGAGUCACGUGGAUUCAGGAAUGUAGUAGUGGCGCUUUUUGUUACGUGAAUGUAACGAGAGUGUAACGAGUCAUCAGAAUGUGAUAAUAUGAUCCUUUCUGUCAUAUAAAGUUGUUGUUCUCUCCUUUGGUUCUAGCUCACUAUCUGAAGAUGACCAUCAUGUGAUCUGAAUACAUGUGAAACUUUUGGUUUUGGAGAAGCUAUGGCGCCUGCGGAUUGCCAGGAGGACGACGAUGGAAUCCGUACGGGUUGACUGGCUUGAUAUUGUGCGGAAGAAUGAUAUUGAGCUCUCUUUAACAUGGGAUCCACCCAGUCUUCAUUGCGUUUGUACAGUGUUGAAACAUACUUGUUUAUAAUUUGUAUAUUGG